GCGGAGAGCUUAUUCUGGCACGUCGUGGAGGAGCUGGAACGGUUUCCAGUCCUCUAUUACCUCCUCCUCAACUUCCUUGGCCACCCGGUAUUGCUCUAGGCCUCCCGCAUCGAUCAGCCACCUUGCUGCGUAGCGCACCUUGUCCCUGUCAUGCAAACCAUGUUAUAUAGCCUUUCAAUCUCCUCGAACUCCAAUUCCGUAAAAUGUGCCAGGACCUCGAAGUUACUGACAAUUUACGAUACCUCUUCUUGCUCCGGUUUCAGGGAUGCAAUCCAACUUCGUCGCUUGAUAAAAAAUACGAACAAGCGGCAAAAGUUUCCCAUUUCGAGGAGUUUGGUAAAGCCACCCAGAAAAGUGGCGGAGCUGAACUGGAACAGUGACGAUGGUUGCGGGAUAUAAAGGCGAGCAAAGUCCUGCGCUCGUGAAAAGGUGAAAGACCAAACGCGAAACAGCAAAAACGAAAUAUCAACAAGACGUUCGAGAAAUAUCAGAAUGGCUAACCUCACCGGAUCCUGUGCCUGCGGCACCGUAAAGUACGAAGUCACCUCCCCGCCCCUCAAGCACGCCAUCUGCCACUGCGUCCAAUGCCGCAAAGCCACCGGCAGCGCCUUCAGCACGAACACCGUCGUCCCCCGCCCGGCCUUCCAGCUAAUCGCCGGCGUGCCCAACACCCAAACGUAUACUUUCAUCCAGGCGGAAAGCAGCAUCCCGUUCACGCUCCGCUUCUGCACGACCUGCGGAUCGACGGUGGUGAAGGUAUCGGAGCACGAGAGCUUUCGGGACGUGGCGUUGGUGGCGGCGGGGACAGCGGAUGUGGGAUUCGAUACGCUGAAGGCGGAUACGGAGUUCUGGACGGUGCAUCGGGCGGGGUGGUUAGGGGCGGUGGAGGGGGCGGUGGAG